CGCGAGAUUUAACUUCUGCACAAACAGCUUCCUCUUCCUGGGGUCGGCGCGUGUGUCGCUCUGUCUGCUCGCCAGUGCUUUUUUCGGUGUUUCUGAGAGCUGCCGUAGUAGGGAUGAUGAUGAUGGCGGAGCUGGUGCAGGGACAGGCCGCGGUGGCUCAGCCUGGAACGAAAGCGGAUGGCUUCGCUGACGCUUUACACCGGGCUCGACAGAUUGCAGCUAAAAUGGGAGGAGAGCAGAUGCCCCACAUGAACAACAACUCAGUAGUUGAUCCCAGUCUCUAUGGUUACGCAGCACAGAAACGCUCCAUGGACGACGGAGUAGGUAACCAGCUUGGUGGAAUGGUACAUCAAAGGGCUAUUAUGACAGAAGACUUCAAAGUGCCUGAUAAGAUGGUUGGAUUCAUCAUUGGACGAGGAGGAGAACAGAUAACGAGAAUCCAGCUGGAGUCCGGCUGUAAGAUCCAGAUUGCUGCCGACAGUGGAGGCAUGAUGGACCGGCCCUGCACCUUGACAGGGAGCCCAGAGAGCAUUGAGCAGGCCAAGCGUCUCCUCAGCCAGAUUGUGGACCGGUGUCGGAACGGUCCGGGUUUCCAUAGCGACAUGGACGGCAACAGCGCCAUUCAGGAGCUCCUCAUCCCGGCCAGCAAGGUGGGGCUGGUGAUCGGCAAGGGAGGAGACACCAUCAAGCAGCUGCAGGAGAGAACAGGGGUGAAGAUGAUCAUGAUCCAGGAUGGUCCCAUGCCCACCGGAGCUGACAAGCCUCUGAGAAUCACUGGUGACCCCUACAAGGUUCAGCAAGCCCGGGAGCUGGUGGUGGAGAUCAUCAGAGACAAGGACCAGGGAGACUUCAGGGCGGGCAGGGGGGACUUUGGAGCCAGGCUGGGAGGCAGCAGUCUGGAUGUGGCCGUGCCCAGGUUUGCAGUGGGCAUCGUCAUCGGCAGGAACGGAGAGAUGAUCAAGAAGAUCCAGAACGAUGCUGGGGUCCGGAUCCAGUUCAAACCAGAUGAUGGGAUCAGUCCAGACAGGGUCGCCCAGGUGAUGGGUCAGCCAGACCGCUGCCAGCACGCAGUCCACCUCAUCAACGAGCUGGUCCACACAGCCCAGCCCUCCCCUGCCCAGUCUCUCUCUGCAUGGCUUCCAGACAGGGCCAGUCUGGGGCCCCCUCUGCCCCCCCAGGACCCCCUUUCCCUCUGGCUGGGCCUGGCUGGGGGGGGGCUUCUCUCUCAGGAGCGGGAUGGGUUCGGAGGCCCCAUGGGGCCACGGGGCCGGGGGAGAGGCCGGGGCGACUGGAGCAUGGCUGCACCCGGAGGCCUGCAGGAGGGCACCUACACGAUACCUGCCGACAAGUGUGGCCUGGUGAUCGGAAAAGGUGGAGAGACCAUCAAGAACAUAAACCAGCAGUCCGGGGCCCACGUGGAGCUGCAGAGGAACCCCCCGCCCAGCACAGACCCCAGCGUCAGGGUGUUCUCUGUCCGGGGAACCCCGCAGCAGAUGGAGCUGGCUCGCCAGCUGAUCGAUGAGAAGAUUGGGGCGUCAGGAAUGGGAGGUAACAGUAGUUUUGGUCUGAACCCCUUCUCCCAGGCGGCAGCUACUCCUCAUCAGAACGGACCCCAGACCUUCAUGACUGGAGGAUGGGGAACCACAUAUCAGACCUGGCAACCCCAGGCCCAGCAGGACCCAGGUCAGCAGAGCCAAACCCAGAGCAGUGGGCCAGACUACAGCAAGGCAUGGGAGGAGUACUACAAGAAACAGAACCAGGCAGCAGGGCCGGGCUCCCAGCAGAGCUCCCCCCCGGACUACAGCGCUGCCUGGGUGGAGUACUACCGGCAGCAGGGGGCGUACUACGGCCAGGGAGCCCAGCAGACACAGGCCCCCGGACUACAGGAUAAUUAGAGAGGAACUUUAGUUGAAGAGUUUUGAAUCACUGGGGAGGAAAACGAACCUUUUGUAACAGAGGUUUCUAGAUUUGCAACGCCUUGAAGACUUUUACUUUUUUCUUAGUGAGAAACACUAGCUGUAGAAUGACUUAUACAAUAAAAAAAAAAAGAAUAUUUCUAAAUCAGGAACAUUUAAUUGUUACUAAAUACUUGUGUACACCAUUAUUUUGAAUGGACAAUUUCCGGGAUCCCUUUUGGACAUAUGAGAGCCGUUUUGUUUUCUAUAUUUUACUUUUUGAUUCAAAUUAAACCGCCAAAACGAACCCCGGAGUUGUAACAUUUCAGCAAACGCAAUAUAAUCUAUUUUUUCUAGUUCUGUUGCAAUAAAAUCGUAACUAUGGGCUUAGCAGUCUUGAAUACUGUUAUGUUAUGUCAUGAUGUUUUAAGAAUGUGUAAAAAAUGUCUUUCUUUACUUUUACAUAAAGCAUUUUAAUUCAGUGAGAUGAAACUGUGAUGUUUUGUUACAGAAAAAAAUAUUAUUUUGUUACAAAAUACAAGGUGUGUUGGCAAAUGGCAGUUAAUUCCUAAUUUAAUUCCUGUUGUGUUUGUAUUUUGUUUUCCAUUGUCAUGUUAUUGUACUCUGGUUUAAAAAAAGGUGCAAUAUCUUAUUUCAUUUUUGAAACAAAGAUGGAUUCUGUAAUAUUUUGACAACUUGUAGUUCUUAGAUAAAUUUUUUUUUUAGGCAUUUGAAAAUGUAAUGGAUAAUUUUUUUAUUACAAUGAUCUGAUGGGGUUAGGGAUGUUGCAUAUUGUGAGUUAUUUGCCUUUGCUAUCUUGUAAAACUAUGUAUGUAUGCUCAGAUACUUGACUAAAUACUUUAUUUAAAAAUAUAUAUAUAUAAUUAAAUCAAAGACUUUUUUUUCUUCCAUUGAGUCAUUAUUGCAGGAAUACUGUCCCAUGUUUUUUGUUCUGUUUUCAUAAUGAAAAUAUUCAAAGAUCGUGAAUGUGUCAUUUGAAAUUUGAUGUUGCAUCUUGCUAUGGACAACGAUGAGAUGUGUUUUAUGUAUGUUCUGUAACUGAAUCAUUCAAGACUGCUAAGCCUCGGGAUUCUACCUGUGUAAUAAUUAAUUGUAGUUUUUUAUAUUCUAAGUAUUACGAUCAAAACUGUCUUAUUUGGUACCACCCCACCGCCCCACCCGUACACACUGGGGCGACGUGUACAGUCCAGCUAACUUUUUAAUUCAUUAUUUUUCUUUCUACUUUGUGUGAUCUAAUAUAUGUAUGAUUGAUUAGUUAAAUGAAUCUAGUAUUAACUUCAUUGCUUAAUGAAAAGGGAUAUUAUAAUUUUGAAAUGUUUAAUUUUAGUGUUUUUUUCCUCGUGUACAGGUAACCGUGUAUUAAAAACGUCAAAAGAC